CGGUGGUGGAAACUCUACGACUUUAAGGAGACAGUUUCACACAGGGGGAAUACGGUGAAGGGCAUUGGAGAGCAAACAAACACAGACACAUGGUUUGGCUGUACUGACAGUGCGGCUGCAGUAACACGCGACGCGCUGCGAGUCAGAAGAUAUUCAGACAUGAUUUCAAACGCUGAUGGCAGCACAGAUGGAAAAUCAUCAAACGCAAGGAGCAAAGGAUCUCCGUGCAUGGUCCGAGUGGGGUCCAGAAGUCUUCCCAUGUAUCCGCUGGCUAUUGGGUGUUUAGGACUGCUGAACACUAUUCUGCUGUUAACUGCUGUUGUUAUUGGGAUUUACUGUGGUAGUGUCAAUGAGAAACCCUCUCUUCACCAAAUAACACCAAAUACGCUCAUCGAGGAGGUGAAGCAGCUACAGAUGAUACAGAAGGAUGUUAUGGAGACUCGAGAAGCCACCCGGGAAUUAUUAGCGCAGGAGCUCCAGAGCCACAAGCAAAAGAAGCAGCAGUUAGAACCGAUCAAGGCUCUUUGCGACAACCUCCAGAGGCAGAUCGAGGUGCUGCGCGUGGAGAAGGCCACGCUGCAGGCAGACUCCUUCGAUAUUUUGCACAGCUGUGGACGAUGCCUUCCAGGAUGGUUUUUAUUGAGCACGUCCUGCUACUUUCACGCUAAGACGUUAAAGAACUGGGCCGACAGCCGGGCGGACUGCAUCAGCCGCGGGGCCGACCUGGCUGUGAUUGAUAGCUUGGAUGAGCAGCUGAAUCUUUUUGAAUACCUACCAAAGGCUGGAAGCAGUCGACCGUGGGGGAAUGGAGGAAUUUGGAUUGGCCUCACAGAUAUUCAAAGGGAGGGCACUUGGGUGUGGGUAAAUAACGCAACCCUGUAUAGUGACGGGUACUGGAUGCACGGGGAGCCCAGCGAUCACGGACUACUGAAUAAAGACUGUGUGGCACUUUGGAACACAGGCAGCCAGGGAAGGAGCACGUGGUACGAUGGGAGCUGCCAGAGCAUCAAGGGAUGGUUGUGUGAAAAGGAACUCGUCUAGUUGUGCAAUGUGUGGCAGAUUAAAGCUGUAAUCGACACAGGAGGGAAGAAGAUGUACACCCAGUUAUCUUUCAUACCAAACUUCAUUAU